CAUGGGAGUAUCAGUUUUUCUAAUUUUAUCUUUGACCACGACAAUGACUAGCUAUGUUUUAGAUAAAGUUGACAUAAUGAAGCCUGUGUCCAACUAUUCUACAGAGUAUAAUAACAAGUAUAACCGUCAGCUCUGGGACAGUGCAACUCGAUCGCAUUAUUUCCAAUUGAGUAAGGACAGGAGAACACGUAUGCUCCAAGCGGCCAAACAUGCACCUAUUCACUGGGACCAUAGUAAGGACGGAGAAAGUGACGACAUUCAGAGCAUAUCAUCUGAAUAUCUGCCCAAGUGCUGUUGUCAGGAUCAGAAUUCAUCCAAACAGUUAACCGAUCGGAAGGUUGGAGUUAAACGGCCAGAACCUCCGAGUAGGAUUAAAUCUGCUUGGUGUGGAAAACCAUCUCGAUCGCAAAGUCAAUCAUCUGAUUUCGUUGUUCUCGACAUAAGAGAAGCAGAUAACCAUAAUGGCAGGGACAGCUCACUCAGUCUAAAGCGUUCUAGUAACCAAAGGAGUCCAACUCCGGCAAGUGCUUGUGAAGACGAUAGAAAGAGGCUUAGAAAACCUGGUAGUGGCUCGAGAUCAGAUACCAGAGCAUCAUCAAUUUGUAGACCAAAAUCAGCCUCCAGUUGUAGAUUAAGUGGACACAAGGAUUACAGUCGCCCCCCAAGUCGGACUUCAGAUAUCAUACCAAGUACUGGUAGGAGUAGACCUAACACUGGCGGAACUGGAAGUAGUUAUGGGACAAGUAGACCAAGUACGAGUGACACAUUCCACAGCUCUGCCUCUCGUAAAUACACCAAAUUGCCGAUAUCGUCAUCUGACGUUCAGGUCAGAACGGGAUCCAAAAUGUGCAAGAAAGGAGUCACGACUAAGCAAGCUUUUGCUCCUUUUGCAUUAUAUGGCGGCGAAAGUGAAACUGCUCGAAGUCAUGAACUGAGGGACCAUAGAGUAAAAAAUGCUGCCAAAGGUAUGGGAAUAGGAUUUCAAAAAGUAGGGUCCAGCGAGCUUAAAAAAGAAGAUGUAGACGCUACAGACUUACCAAGAGACAUUCGAUUGUGGGUCACCGAAUACCAAGGAAAUUUUAAGCAUUUUAAUCCAAUAAAAUGAUUUUGAUAAGUCUUAGUCUUACUUCGAUUUAAGGAUAAGCGCUAAACUAAAUUGAUUUUUAAACUUUCAGAGAUUUUGUCUUUUAGUACAAUAAAUAUUAAUAUUAAUAAUAUUAAUAAUAAAUAAUAUUAAUACUAUUUGGCUGUAGUAUUUGGUAUUACUAUUACUAUUGCAUAUUGGUUCUAGUUCUACUUCUAGUUCUACGCGGUGAAUGGUGAUACUGAUUGCUGAUAGUGAUACGUCUCCAAUAUUCCAUCUAAUAAUAAUAUGUUACAUAUAUUAUAUGUAAGACAAAUUUGUUUUUGGUUGUUCACGUAUAUUUGAAAGGAGUAAAAAAGGAGCCAGAAUGCAGAAAUGUGAUUUUAAUUUUAUUCAUUAUUUCAACCGUCGUUCAGUUUCACGCCAGAGUACUGAAUUUGUAAAUUGUUGUGGGAGAAAACAAGCAUUUUCCUAUUUUAUUUUUUUGAUACCGAUUAUUUCAAAGCAUACCUGGGGACCUCAGGCUAUCAUGUUCAUUCGGCGGAAUGACAGGCUGAGCGCGGCCCAGUAAUUCAAAGCUUGUGAGUGGUACUGGUAAGGGGUCGUUCACAGUUCACAUUGACAUAUUACGUACAACGUAAUCAGCAGAUGGGGAGGGCUUUUCAAAUGAUUAGGAUAGUGUAAUUUUGACACAAUAUGCAAAAGCUAUGUUUAAAACUGAUUACGGAGGUGGGAGGGGGUUAAAAUUGUCCAAAAAGUGAUUUCGUAAUAUUAUAAAUAUAUGUGAACGACCCCAAAAAUGACAAAGUUUUGAUGAUGCUACUUUGUACUUAUUUAUAUUACGACAAUGAAAGUUAUUUAUAAUGAUUUCUUAUUUCACAUAGCCAUGAGUCUACGCGUACUGCGUAAAAUAAUAAAAUCCAGUGAGUGUGCCGCUACUGCAACUGCAACAUGCAAGAGAAAGGGCUUUGA